AUGCCUGCUCAGCACGAUACCCCGGCCUGGGAAUCUCGCUUCGACCGAAAACCAGUCUCAUCGAAUCGUCUCAUCGCACACCUCGAUAUUGAAUAUAGUGAAUUGGCGCACUCAUGGAAAACUUUUAUUCGUCAUGUCCCGGCUGAGGAUCGGGUGGCAUGGGAGGAACGGCCACAGACUGCCGCCGAUGUCGAGGAACUCGUGCGCAACCUACAAACCUUUUGGAUGUCUCGACCUCGACAACGGGUCAGCAGCUCCUGUGAACGAUUCCUCCCUACCAUCGACACUCAUGCUAAACUCCUCGCUGUCCUUCCCGAUGGUUCUUCCUAUUAUGCCCCGCUCCUAUAUGGUGUGCUGCAAUCUGUGAUCAAGGCAUCCUCGAAUUAUCCCCGAGUCCUCGAGGGACUCCUCUCCGCCUUGAUCAAUAUUAGCAGUGCCAUCGAAAUUCCUCUCGAACUCAAUGCAUCCCAUAGAGAACCCGUCGCUAAAAUCUACGCCUUAAUUCUUUUAUUUUUGAAUGAAUUUAUGGAUUGGUAUGUGAGGAGGUCUACUUGCCACCUGCUGAGAAGCCAUAGCCAAGAUGCCUACGCCGAUUUUCACCCCCUGGUCACCUGUAUUCAACGCCAGGCACAAGUGUUGUCCGUCACCCCGGGUUCCAUGGAUAUUGAUGAUGGAUGCGAUUACGCCUACACACCCCGCGCUCUUUGGGAAGAAUCUCAACUGAGCCAAGUUGGACGGGAAGGCGAACCUCGUCGCCAUGCAGCACAAAAUACCAUGACCCGACGCUUAAUUUGGGAUAUUCAACAAGAUGCCGAAAAACGAGAUCGUCUACGAGAAACCCGAGAUCAGUUGAUACGACAAAUGCUUCAGAAUACGACCGAGCAGCUCCGCCCCGUGCAAGAACAGAGCAAUAGUAUCGUUUGCUUGACAACUGCCGCCCCAGACCUUGUAACGCCCCAUUUUGAAUGGUCGCGUGGGUCCAAGCGCCGACUGGCCCGUCUCGAACUCCAGAGCGAAUCCAAGCAUCUUCAGCCCUUUUUCGAUUGUGAUGACCAAAUUGCCAACCUCGACCCCGAUGCCAAGGUUGUGACGGAAGGUAGUGUGAUUGUGUCCCUGCAGAAAUGGAUCACUAGUCCCCGCUCUCAGGCCCUCGCCGUCGGGGGUCCCCAGUCAACAGAGGACCUCCUGAGUCCAGUCUCCCAGAUUUCCGCAUCGUAUGCCUUGUUUGCCCGUGACGCUCAACUCCCAACCCUCUCCCACUUCUGCAAACUUCCGACAAAAGAGGUUGCUGGACAGACUCGUUACCAGCAGGGGCUGAUCGCCCUGACCUACAGUCUGAUUCGACAGAUGAUUGAUACUUUACCAACAGUAGUGGACAGUGACGCCUUACUAGAUCUGACUGCUGAGAGGUUCCGUCCUAUUGAUGGUACUCUCUCUAGUUGGGUGGCAGCAUUAUCACUGGUGGAUACUUUGCUCCAUUUCGCACCACCUUUAUUAGUCUGUAUCAUUGACGGCAUUGACAUCAUUCAUGAUGAAUCAACAGAUGUUGCUCUCCGAGAAUUGCUUCGUGUGCUUCUCACCCACACUCGUCAUCAACCACCAAGCGGAGAUAGCCCUGGGCCGACAUUCCUCUUCAAGGUGCUCUUCACUGUCGCUGGACGUCCCAGUGCAUUGGUUGAAACGAUGUCCGAAAAUGAACUUGUUCUGAGUGACCCAACUCUGGCUGAUGGGCCCAGUACAUCCGAUACCGUCCUCACCUCUGACCUUGGUGCAGUCAUGAUGAAUGCAUAA